GGGGGCUCGGCACCGCCCUGGCAGCCGGGGCUGUCCUCGGGGCCGUUCUCCGAGCCGGAGUCUUCUCCAGAGGAACACUCUGCAGGUCCAGCACAGCUGCGAGCUAAAUUCCUGCACACAGAGCACGAGCUGAGAGAGCCCAGGACAGUGAGCCAGGCCGACAUGAAGGUGGAAAUCCUGCCAGCCCUCACUGACAACUACAUGUACCUCCUCAUCGACCAGGACACCAGGGAGGCUGCCAUCGUUGACCCUGUGCAGCCCCAGAAGGUUUUGGAUGCGGUUAAAAAGCACGGCGUGAAGCUGACCACGGUCCUGACCACCCACCACCACUGGGACCAUGCUGGAGGCAAUGAGAAGCUGGUGAAGAUGGAGCCAGGGCUGCACGUGUACGGGGGGGACAGCAGGGUGGGGGCCCUGACACAGAGAGUGUCCCACCUGACAGCUCUCAAGGUGGGAUCUCUAAGUGUGAAAUGCCUGAGUACGCCGUGCCACACCUCGGGCCACAUCUGUUAUUAUGUGACUAAGCCAAAUAGCCCCGAGGCACCUGCAGUUUUUACAGGUGACACCCUGUUCGUGGCUGGCUGUGGCAAGUUCUUCGAGGGCACCCCCGAGGAGAUGUACAAGGCACUGAUCGAGAUCCUGGGCAGCCUGGACCCCAAAACGAGAGUUUACUGUGGCCACGAGUACACCAUCAACAAUCUGAAGUUUGCUCGGCACGUGGAGCCCAACAACCCCAGCAUCCAGGAGAAGCUGGCCUGGGCCAAGGCCCAGUACGACAGUGGAGAGCCCACCAUCCCCUCCACCAUCGCUGAGGAGUUCACCUACAACCCCUUCAUGAGAGUGAGGGAGAAGUCAGUGCAGGAGCACGCUGGGGAGACGGACCCCGUGCGGACCAUGGGGGCCCUGAGGAAGGAGAAGGACAACUUCAGAGUGCCCAGGGACUGAGCACUGCCUGCACCACUCACUGCCACUUCAGUGUCACCUAGACCAUUCAGAUGUUUUAGGAGUAAAAUCUUCUGUUGUGGUUGAGACAGGUUUUAUUUAGGUUUUUAUUUUGUCUUAAUUAAGAGAACAAAAAAGCACUUUGCCCUUGUUGAGAUGUUCUACAGCAUAUUUAUAUGAUGAUGAAGAAUAUUUAUCCUCCUCUUGCUGCCUCUCAAGCUGAUCAUUGUGCAAGUGUUGGUGUGGGCUGGGUCAAACCUGGAGGUGUAGAAGAAGCUCCUGUCCUUGCUGUGGAUGCAGGAGUGGGACUGAAAUGUCUUUGUUUAAAGCAGAGACCAAAUGCAGGAGCUGAAAAUCUCGGUGUUUAUUCCGUGCUGCUACUUCACCGUUCUGAGUGUCGCUUGUGGCUCCACUGAGCAGUUCAGGGCCAGCUCAGGGUGACAUUUGGGCUGCUCUGGCUCUGGCUGUGGCUCUGGGGCCACCCAGCUUCUCUCCUGUCCCUGCCAUGGGCGUUGCUGUGCUUGCACCUCUGCGUCCUGCUGCAUGCAGCUGCUCUUCCCUGUCCCUGUGUGUGACCUGUGCCAGCCCCAGCCCAGCCAGGGAUCUGUGUGGUGCCUCAGAGCCACUCCUGGUGAGUGACUGUCCCCUGAGCAGGGGUGGCACCCCUGGGGGUGACAGCUGGGCAGUUGUUACCUGUCCCCAGGUGAGCAGGGACGUGGGGUUUUGCUUUCAAAUGCGGAAUUUUCUGGAGUUCAGAAAUUAAAAAGUGGUACCUAAAGCUGUGCUGCCACAGCAGGGAUUGUACUGAGGGCUGGGCAGAGGGGAAAUAAAGAAUGGCUGGAAACAGG